CGACAUUAGUUUAGCUGUAUCAUAGUUAGCAACGUCUUUGAAAAAUACAUUUAUAAAUAAUAUUAAUUUAUUUUUUUGUUGCUACCAUGAAAUUAAUUUAUCUAAUUGUCUUCAUUGCCAGUCUGGCGGCCAUCUUUGUUUACGCAGAAGCCAGUUGCCAGUGUCCCCAAGAUUACCUACCAGUUUGCUCAGCCAGCAACCGCACUUAUAGCAAUAAUUGUUCGCGAGGUUGUGCCGGUGACCCGUACGCUCAUGCCGGCACAUGCGACGGAUCUGGAGGUUACUCCGAUUACUAAACACAUUUUUUUUAUACAAGGUGCUCGCGAGGAACCCGCAUAACUUGAACCACGCGUUUCUGAGG